AUGUCGAAUGCCGACAAGACUCAAUUGCCCGAGAAGGAUAUGGCGACGGAGCUUGCCAACAUCUCUAAUGGCCAGGUGCUCGAGACCGGUGCGGCUAGCUCUCACUCCAAGCUUAAGUCGAGACACUUGUACAUGAUUGCCAUGGGAGGCUGCAUCGGAACGGCAUAUUUGGUGGGCUCUGGUAAAACUCUCAGCAGAGGCGGCCCUGCCCUUGCCCUCGUCGGAUUCAUCAUCAUCUGCUCCGUCGUUUGGGUCUUUUCCACCUUACUUUUCGAAAUGGCGGCCUAUAUCCCGCUGAAUGGCGCAGGUCCGGACUACUAUACAACUCACUUCCUCUCUAAGUCUUUUGGCUUUGCCAUGGGCUGGAACUACUGGUAUGCGUACUCGAUUCUGGUUCCUUUCGAAAUCACCGUCGCCACGCUCGUUAUUCAGUAUUGGAAUCCGCCUGUUCCCGAUGCCGUCUUCAUUUCCAUUCUCUUUGUGGUUAUUGUUGCCCUGAAUUAUCUGCCAGUUGGAAAUGCUGGCGAGGCCGAGUUUGCCUUCUCCUCUCUCAAGCUUACCAUGCUCAUUGGAAUGAUUAUCUUAUCCAUUAUUCUCGCAGCAGGCGGAGGGCCUUCAGGUGACCGUGUGGGAUUCAGAUACUGGAACAACCCGGGGCCAGCCAACGCGUGGAUCGUCGAGGGAAGUACAGGAAGGUUUGUGAGUUUCCUCGGCGUUCUUAUUAGCGUCGUGCUGCCUCUCUCCUUUGCUGCGGAAAUGGUGGCUGUGUGCAGCGGUGAGACCAGCAAUCCUCAAAGGACGGUCCCCAAAGCUGCAAAAGCCUUCAUUGUGCGUCUAAUUGUUUUCUACGUACUUCCAAUUCUGGGGGUUACGUUGACUUGCCCGUCUAAUGCCCCCGAGCUCACUUCCGGGGGCGAAGGGGCCGGAUCGUCGCCCUUUGUCGUCGGUAUCAAGCACGCGGGAAUCCAUGUUCUCGAUCAUAUCGUGAAUGCAGUCAUUCUGUGUUCUGCGUGGUCAGCCGGCAACGUAUACAUGCACCUGGCUUCCCGCUCGAUAUACUCUUUGGCCACAGCGGGCAACGCGCCCAAAAUCUUUAUCAGAACCAACCAAUGGGGGGUCCACUACUUGGCAGUGACGAGUUGUGCUGUGCUCACCCUCCUGGCGUAUUUGAAUGUCAGCUCCAGUUCUGGCGCUGUGUUCACCUGGCUUGUCAACAUGAUCAACAUGGCCGCCUUCUUCUCCUGGAUUCUGCUCUCAUUUUCCUAUAUUCGAUUUCGAGCGGCACUCGAAAUCCAGGGCGUGGAUCGUUCAACCUUGCCCUUCGUCUCGGUUUGCGGCAAGCCGGGUGCCUAUUUCUGCAUCGUUUUUUUCAUGAUUGUCGGUUGUCUGAACGGGUUCUACGUCUUCUUCCCAUCACAGUGGAAUGUCUCGGAUUUUUUGACAGCCUAUAUUGGCACUCUUUUGUUUGUGCUCUUGUACAUUGGACACAAGCUAACUGUUGGCCGGAAGGAACCCUGGCUGAUUCCUUCCCAGGAGAUUUGCUUGGCGCCUAAGCCUGAAGGGGCGAGUGAGACAUCUGCUCAAGGCUACAUUGAGUGUGCUGGAGCAUUCUCUCAGGCCUGGAAGAAUCUUUUAGGGAAGUGCUAG